GGACGUAAAGCGUCAGUCGACCGGAUUGAAUCAGCGCCACAAUGGGAGAAAUCUCCAUCAGCUCGUGAUUGAACAAGACUGCCUAGGGAUGAGGAAAUCUGAACCCACGUACAUGAGUACGAUACAUCACUCUUCGACAGACUGAAUCUUCACUUGUGUAAUGUGAAUGCCUCAUUAGAAAGCGCGUACCGCUGUCAGGUGUGAGGCCAUAUUUCCGAGCCUCCAUGGUGCCACGCGACACGUCGUUCAAUUCCGAGGUGACAUCUUCAUCAUCCUCAUCCUCCUCUCGCCAAAAAGCAAGACAUUGAUCAAUUUUUGCACCUUUGAGUCAGCAGACGAUUCCAUGUCAGGAAUCUUUGGGGCCAUGUGGCCUAUCUUGCGAAGCUACAGACCAAAUGCGACUCGAGAUCGCCAGAAUGCUGCGCCGGUCAAAUUUGGUGCUUUCGAAGCGACUUACACGCCUGUCCGUUAUGGCGUAGGCAGACCCAAGACAGAUGCAGAAGCUCAGCGACUUUAUAACCAUAUCCGUACGAUCGCCUUUUGGCUUGAUGCUGCGCCACUGCUGUCCGACCUGGGUCUGCCCUUUAGAGCCGGUCUUGACGACAUCAUCUCCCUCGUACCGAUAUAUGGAGACAUUGUCUCUGGCUUUAUCCAGCUGUACCAAGUUUGGCUCUGCUUUGUAUUUGGCGUCCCGAGGAACGUGGUCAUACAGAUGGUCUUCAAUGUGAUACUCGAUGUCAUCGUCGGUCUCGUCCCUCUCAUCGGAGAUUUCAUCGACAAUCUGUGGAAAUCAAACUUGAGAAACUUGGCACUGCUCGAAGCAUGGUUGCUGACAGGAGGAGGAGAGAAGAAAUACCAUAUCUUACUCAUGCCUGAAUCACAAGAGUUCAUGCCUCGACCCAAGGGACCUGGAGGCUUCUCAUCGUGGUUAGGGGGAGGCAGCAAGCUCAGCAAAGUGGAGGAGAGAGAAAGAGAAAAGGAAAGACGGACGGGCAAAGUGAGAGCAACAAGGCGGAUGGACAGGUCAGAGGGGAUUCCUGUCCCGGUGGAGGUGCCGAUAAGCGAGGAAGCUCCGGAACCGUACCCUCGGGCAUGAGCCAAGAUUCACAUAGAUGAGAUUAGACACUGUCGCAUACGCCUACGGGUGAUUCGUGUAUUUGAGAGGACAAAGAGCUCGAACAUCUGUUAACGCAGUCGCAUCCCGACAUGAGAUGGUCGAAUACCUGUGCGUGAAACGAGUCUAUCUAUGUGUAAU